AGACGUAUUCCCUUGACACUCCUUUCUUCACUUCAAUGCCCGCCACGACGGAACAUAAGACUCUCGGCCCAGAGCCCAUGACUGAUGAAGGGCUUUUGAUGGAGGAUGGCAUGGCAGCAGACAAACUCUUCAACGCCUCGACCACCGGCUACACGUACGACGACAUUAUUCUUAUGCCCGGCCAUGUGAAAAGUGAUGUAGAUGAAGUGUCAGUGAAGACCAGGAUCACUAAGAAGAUCUCUCUGGCUGUUCCUAUUGUUUCUUCCCCCAUGGAUACGGUCACUGAGCAUCAUAUGGCCAUAGCAGUUGCACAGAUGGGUGGUCUCGGUGUUAUUCAUAACAACAACGAGAUCUCCGAACAGGUCGCUGAAGUGCGAGCAGUGAAACGCUUCAAGAACGGUUUUAUCAUGGAUCCUAUCACUCUCGGCCCCAGUGCUACCAUCGCUGAUGUUGACAAGAUCAAGGCCACACGUGGAUUCUCCACCGUUCCCGUCACUGAGAGCGGGUCAAUGGGCAGUAAGCUGUUGGGCCUAGUCACCAGCCGCGAUAUCGACUUCAGAAAGGACAGAAGCAUCAAGCUAUCUGAGGUGAUGACCCCUGCCGAUAAGCUAGUCGUGGGUUGCGAUCCCAUAUCUCUCCCCGAGGCCCAUCGCAGGAUUAGAGAGUCAAAGAAAAACAAGCUUCCCAUCGUGAAUAAGAAUGGGGAUCUCGUUGCCUUGAUCUCGCGUCAAGAUCUUAAAUCAUCCCGUAAUUAUCCGAACGCCACGUUGGACGCUAACAAGCAGUUGAUGGUGGGAGCUGCCGUCAGUACCCGCCCAUGUGACGAGGCUCGCGCCCAGCAGCUGAUCGAGGCUGGUGUCGAUGUCAUCGUGGUGGAUUCCUCCCAGGGGUGGUCUGACUAUCAAGUUCACUUCAUCAAGAGGAUCAAACACGAUUUCCCCACUAUGGAGAUCAUCGCUGGCAAUGUUGUGUCGGUCCGACAAGCCAAGGCUCUCCUUGAUGCUGGCGCCGACGGCAUACGUAUCGGCAUGGGCAGUGGCUCCAUCUGCACCACUCAAGAGGUGUGCGCUGUCGGCCGUGCACAGGGCUCUGCGGUUUAUCAUGUAAGCAAGUUCGCAGGAGAGCGAUACAAUGUUCCUUGCAUUGCUGACGGUGGCAUCCAAACCUCCGGUCACAUCAUGAAAGCACUCUCCCUCGGCGCAUCUGCGGCCAUGGUGGGUUCUCUGUUCGCUGGUACCGAAGAGACCCCCGGUGAAUUCUUCUGGCAUGAUGGUGUGAGAAUGAAGACAUACAGAGGAAUGGGAUCACUCGAGGCUAUGCAGAAUCGCUCGGGUGAACGCUACUUUGCCGAAUCCGCCAAUAUCAAAGUCGCGCAGGGAGUGAGCGGAGCCGUUGUUGAUAAGGGAAGCGUCACCAGCCUCAUCCCUUAUAUCAUGGAGGGUGUUAAGCAGGGUAUGGCUUACGUAGGCGCUCAGAGCGUGCCUGAGCUCCACGCGGCUAAUGUCAGCGGUGAGCUCAGAUUCGAGGCUCAAACCGGAAGCGCUAUCAAGGAGGGUGGUGUUCAUUCCAUGCUGAAGUUCUCCAACAACUCAAGCAAUCGUUCAGCCGGGCGUGUUGCGUGAACAUAAAUACCA